AUGACUACUCGCUAUGAUCAAUUAGAAGAAUCAGUGUCAGACUCAUCAAGAUUUCUCUGCGCUGUCUGCAAGAGACCCACUCUAAUGUGCUGCUCUGCUUGCAAAGCAGUAUUUUACUGCAGUGAGGCCCAUCAAAUCCAGCACUGAGAAUCUCAUCUUCCAGAAUGUGACAUCUCUGAGCCACCUUCAGCUGACUUAUCAAAUAUCACUCCAUUAAGCGAAACUGAAAUUUCAAAAUUCGACCUCGAAGCUGGCCCAGAAAACAGUUUUUUUGCAGAUGAAGAAGUAUACACAGGCCGAUAUCGAAUAAGAAAAGACAUGAUCACAAGCAUUUGUCAAGGAAACCCAGCCAAUGCGGUUGCUAAAGGCCGCAGCUAUUUCAAUAGAGUUAUCAGUGAAUACGAACGAAAUCGAUACUUUGACAUCUAUGAUUUAUUGACUGAUGGAAUCAUACUCACAAAAGCUUAUAUCCAGUCAGGCGAAUUAAAUCAGGCAAGACAAAUUCUACUACAAAUUUCAGCUAAAAUGGCUUCUCAUUCAGGAUCUCAUGAAGUAAUACCAGUAUCUUCUUUCAGACCAGACGAAGGAAAGGGCGAAAAAUUAAACUUGACUUAUACACAAUUGAAGACUAAAGUAAGUGUAUAUUCGACCUUAGCCAAUUUACUUUGUGCAUGUGGUGACUAUAUUAAUGCUGAAAAAAUGUAUGUCCAGUAUAUCAAACUUAUAGAGCUGCAUCUUGGAAGAUCCAGCUUAGAAACCAGCAAUGCCUACUUCAUGCUUGGACUGUUUUACCAAAACCAAAAAUUAAUUAGUAAAUCGAUCAUGAGCUUUACUGUGUCGCAUGAAAUCAGGAUUGAGAACUUAGGAGACUCCCACGAAACAGUGGCUGAUUGUGAAUAUAAUCUAGCUCUGCUUAACAAAAUGAAAGGAAAUAUGUUUAAGGCUACAACUUUGUUGCAAAAAGCCUUAAAUACGCGAAUAAAAAACUGUUCUGAGAGUUCUCUUCCAGUUGCCCAAGUUUUAGAAGCCCUUGGGUCAAUUCAUAUAAAAAACAAGGACUAUAAAAGUGCCUUAGAUAAGCUUUCACAUUGUUAUAAUAUAAGGAAAAACUUAUUAAAGCAUUGUCCAGAUCAUGAAGAUUUAAAUCGAGUCACAGAAUUGUUAACUCUUCUCCAUGACUUACUAGACGAAGAAGCUGCCAAGGAAAGACACAAAAGAGCUGAAAUGAGCUUAAUAAACCCAAUUUUCACCCCAGAAACUUCGCCUGCAAAGAACCAAGACCCUAUGAUGAAUGUUGGCUUUUCAAUAGAAAAUAACAUGAAAAGAGUUCCUUUAUCAUCUGAGGCUUCAUCAGCCAGAAUUCAGUCCUCGGCCCAUUCUCAGCAGUCAUCAACUCAAUUUGACAAAGGAAGAAUGAUGAGUAUGGAGUCUUCAGCAAAAUUCCAGUCCUCUGAUGUUUCACCUAGGAACGAAGACAGCUUUAAUUGAUAUGACAAAAAAGAGGACUCCAGAAUGCUAGGAUCUGAAGAAUCGCCGACCUCUUCAAUGAUGAUCAAUUACUAUAGCCGUUCACCUGUUUCUAACCCACCUCCACCACCUCCUCCGCUGCCUAAUAAAAUUCCAGCAAAUAUCCCCCCUCCUCCGCCAUUGCCUAAGAAAGCAUAA